AUGUCGAAUUCGUCAUCGUCCAGUAAUAAAAAUCACUCCAAAAAGUCGAACAGUAGUCGAGAGCGCGACAAAAACAAGUCUGUUGCUUCAGAAUCCGGUGGAUCCAGUCAAUGUGAUACACCACCACUUACAGAGAAGGAUGGGCCCUCACAUGGCAAGUUUGCUGGUGUUGGACCCGAAUCGGUGCUGUAUAUGGCCGAUCAAGUUGGUUUUGAAAUUAACUCUGAAGCGGCGACAAAUCUUGCAGAAGAUGUUAGCUAUAAGUUACGACAGACUAUUUCUGCUAUUGCACUACAUAGUGAGAUGAUGAAGAAGUCCCGAGUAGACAGUUGGGAUGUGAAUAUGGUGCUGAUGCUUUCUGACACCAGUCCUGUUGUGGGAACUUCGUCAUCACAUUAUGUUACAGUUGGUGAUGAAAAACUUUGUUGUCAAGUGGAAAAUCUACUCAAUGUUACUGACUUUGCAUUGGUACCACAAACUUAUGUGUUCGCGUCACUGCCAACAGUCGCUGUUGAAUGGAUAACUGACGAGAAGAGUCUGAAUAAUAGUAACAACAUCAGUGUUGCCUUGCAAAAUUAUUAUACUAAGGUGGCUAGAGCGAUACUAAAUCUCAAGAAGAAACCAAAAGAAAUAGCCGUAGAAGAUCUAACAACGAACACAAGAAUCGGUCCAAUAUUCCCUAACUUAUUCAACCUAGCAGUGUUAGUUCUAAAUGAUGACAACUUGAAUGCAUUGAAUGUGCCUGCAAAGAAACCAUUGCAAUCAAAUGUUUUGGAUAUGGUAGACGCUCUCUGUUCUAACCCUUGCAGUCUUGACACGAAUAUACAGCAGCAGUUUCAACGGCUGUUUCCUGUAAUGGUUUCAAAUAUUCUCGGUAACGGUUCUCUUGCAGACAAAAUGGUGGCUAUAUUGACUAAAAUCACACGUACCUGGCCUUCUUUUAUAGCUAUAGGGAAAGGCAUACUCUUCGAUUAUUUAUCGCAAGGCACAAAGGAGCGGCUCACGGCGCCGAUGAUCAAAUGCGUCAUGGCACUCGGUCGAAGGGCGUUGGUCGAGUGUCUUGGCGACUAUGUGGAUCAUUUGGACGACUGUAUACACUCGCAGACAAUACUACGACGGCGGUUGCAGCCCGACCUUAGAGAAGCAAUACUCGAUACGUCGACUUGCUUGUUGCGAUCUGAACCUACAACUUAUUUAGAAGAUUACGUAACGACUGACUACACUUUGUAUGAGAUGCUCGGUGACUCUAUUAUGCCAAGGCGAACACUGUUUCCCUAUAAAGAUAAAGCCACCGACGACGACACAACUAACGAAAAGAACGCCGACGAAGAAUUCUCAGUGAUCCCACUCCGACCAAUACUUCGGCGGCCGAAAGUGCGCCUUAUCCCCUUCACAAUUAGACCUAAGAAUAAAAUACCUAGGGAAGCACUCUUCGACCAUACGAGAUUCAGAGCAGACAGGCGGAUCAAAAUUAGGAUAAAAGGUUGUCGGUCAAAAGAUAUACCAUCGAGAUGUAGACGACCGAUGGAUACAAGUGAUAGUUAUACGAGGGGCGGUGUUGUGGCCGCCAGUGGACUCUUGCAUAGGUUUAGGUAUAAAUUAAACAAACAAAGUGCAUUUCCAAUAUUUGGAGCUUUAACGUUGUAAGUUAAUUUGUA